GAAUCUACAACAAGGUUCCACUAACAGAGAUGGAUAUCUUUCUUAUAUUUAGCUAUUUAUGAGUGUGAAAAAACAAUCAAAAAUGAGCAAGCAUAUGGUUUGUGUAAGCAUCAUGUUAAGUAAACCUGCAUCAUCCCAUACUUGUUACUUAGCAGCACUCCGAAAUCGUGCGUCUGCAGAAGCACACACGCUCGUAUACGCACGCUGUCUGUAACAUGGCAUUACGCUUCUAUUGCGUAAAGGCCCAUCUACAAAGUAUUCCAUCUUUCGGGUCUCGUCUAGCAGACGGCAUCCGUCAUUCACAUCGAAUUUCCAUUUGCAAGUGGGCUUUUUUUGGCAUUGUGCAGUGGCUGACUCGGCGUGUUUCAUUGGAGAAAUAUUGGGACAAUGACUUUUGUCAAAGUGACCGCUGAUCUUUCAGGAGACGUCACAGAUAUCGGAAUUCCGACUAAGGAGUUCAUUCAGUCCUCGCCGAUCAAUGCAACAUCGUCACUCUUCACGGAUCAACCAUACAUAAGUAGUAUUCAGAGAUCAGCGGAAGAUAGUGCCGUCUGCAGCUAUCCUUUUUUAAACACAGAGUCCAAUACCGAAAGCUCAAACGAACUUGACAGGCUUGACAAUGAAGCUGACAAGAUGGAUCCAAAAGCAGAGCUCGGGGCAGUCUCCCUGUACGACAGCCAGGGCGAGUCUACUGGCUCAACGUCGCCACCUAUCCCCAAGCUAACGAAAGGCGUCCUCAAAAAACCUUUGCGCGUCACACGACAAACCGGCAUCAAGACCUCUGAAAACUCCCGGAGCACAAAAUCAUCAUACCAUACACGUUUACUAGACGCAGCAUCUACCCCCUUACGGCCUCGCCAAGUUGCCCCAUCAGGAAAAAGUAGCGAUGCAAAUUUUGCCGCAAGCCUCCCACCUCAAAUUCUCAAUGUUCGCGUAAACCGAGCAUUCGAAAUGCGUUACACGGAGUGUCAAGAACAGCAGGCAUUACGCAGUGCUCGUCAGGUAUCCUAUAGGAUGUACCUUCUUCAAGCUUCUGUAAUGAAACGAGUGCCUCGUAUUGAACUCGGUGCGGGAUAUCCUUGAUAAAGCCCCGCAUUGUCUACCUUGAUCUCGGAACACUACAGAAGAAGAUACGUUUUCCUCUACAGGUCCUUUUUUAAAAGUGGUUUCAAUGCAGGGCUUUGUAAGGCAGUGAUCCUUGAUGAAUGACUUAAAGCAAAAGACAUAGAUUUAUAUUCCGGUGAGGGUUUCCUUCAUUCAUCUGCCGCCUGAUUUGCCAGCAAGAAUUGUUCCGCAAAAACCCAGACAGCUUUUUUUUUUCAAUGUGUAUAAGGUAGAAAUGGUAAAGACGCUACAGUAGUCUCAUAUAAGCGUCGUCCAUUGGUUUAAACGGAUUAUGACCAGUUGCUGUAUUAUCGACGCGUCACGAUGCACGCGAUUCUGCAGAGGAAACUAUUCUCUCAGUUUACGAAGCUUGUUGUCCUAUGGUAGAGCUCAUUGUUAUUUUAAAUGAUUUUUACAUACUUUUUUUUUUUUAUGGAACGAUAACUAACAAUCUGCCUAGUCAUCUUAUAUAAUAGACAUUAAAUAAAAGCAAGUCAUAAUAAAACAACGCUAUACCGAAUUGACCGCAUUCAUUUCAUACGACAGCAGCUAAAAGAGCCGAUCACUUGCUCCAAUGAUGGAAUGGUAAUACGUUUAUUGAUGGAAAUAUAUUUUUGACUUGUGGUCGAUAUAAUUAUUAUUAUUUUUGUUAUGAUCUAUAAUCCGUUUGUUGUUUUUUUCCUUUAGAAACUGAGUGCCGCCCAACUUGUAUAGUUAAUUUGUCAUGAGGCCUAACUCAUCCGACGGAUUGCCUUAUCUGUGUUGAUAAAAUAAUAAUAAUGGGUAAAAACGGUUUUUUGUACACUACACGCUGAACCUUAUCAUUUGUCAUUAUGAAGCUAAACAAGGAGAAAUAAAUACAAAAAAACUCACUUAUUCUUAUCUGUCUAUAGCUAGCUUAGCUUUACUAUUUCAGCUGUCUCACGUUGUCUGUACGUCUAGAUGCGUACAUGCUCAUCGUGCAUAGUUUAUAUAUGGGAAAUACUGCACACGCAAAAACGAAUCUCUUCGAUUCUGGCGCACCGGUCGUAGAAGUUCAAUGAACAUGCUGGCAUGAUCUUAGAAGCUUCGACUGUGUAUCAAUGGACGCAUCGAUUGCUCUCACUUUGCCCUAAUCAUUAGUUAACCAAAUACGUUUUGCAGAGGUAGAACGUUUCAGCCGCAGAAGAUUAUAGGGGCCGUUCGAAGGCGAGUCUUUGUUUCAUGAUUAAAGA